UUUAUGACGAUAAUCGGAACAAUAUAUGAUAUUUUUAUCUACCAAAAACACAUAGAAAAUAAUGAAAUGAAUAAAAUUAAUGAUAAUGUUGGAGAUAUGUCCAUGAAAAUAAAAAUAAAAGCGAAUUCGUUUUUAUAUCUAGAUACAUCUAGUAACAUUGGAAAAGUAUUAAUAUGCUUCUCAGCUUACACAAAUACAAAAAAAAUGUUUAGUAUGAACUUAGAUCCCGGCAUAAUAUCCGUUAUUCACGGCUUAAAAUUUUUAAGCAUGUGUUUGUUGAUCAUAAUACACAGUGUAUAUUUUAAAAUGGAUUGCCUUGAUAAUAAAGUAUGGUUGUGGAGAUGGAUUUUGGAGAAUUACGGUACUUUUGUAUAUCAUUCUAUAAAUACAUCAGUCGAUACAUUUUUUUUUUCAAGUGGAUGUUUAGUGACUUACUUGUAUUGGAGAAAUAGAACAAAUGAAAUAGUAAAGAAGCCAACUAGUUUCAAAGAUAAACUAACUGAACUCUUUAUAUAUGUAAUAAAAAGAUUUGUUCG